AACCGGCAUAGCUCAGAUCCAGCAUCAUCAUGGCAAGUCAACGCAAAUUUUUUGUAGGAGGUAAUUGGAAAAUGAAUGGAACGAAGAGCAGCAUAGACGGAAUUGUAAAGUUUUUGAAUGAAAGCUGUGUUGAUGACAAAGUCGAGGUAGUUGUCGCGCCUCCAGCGAUUUACCUGGACUACACCAGACAAGCUGUAAACAAGAAAAUAGGAGUUGCAGCCCAGAAUUGUUACAAGGUAGCAUCAGGAGCCUUUACUGGAGAUAACAGUACAGCCAUGAUUAAAGAUGUUGGAUGUGAGUGGGUAAUUCUUGGACACUCUGAGAGACGUAAUGUGUUCGGUGAAUCUGAUGAGUUAGUAGGUGAGAAAGUAAAGCAUGCCCUUGAAGCUGGUUUGCAGGUUAUACCAUGUAUUGGUGAAAAAUUAGAAGAGAGAGAGGCAGGAAAAACUGAAGAAGUUGUUUACAGACAAAUGAAAGCGAUUAUAGGUAAUGUAACAGAUUGGAGCAGGGUAGUUAUAGCUUAUGAACCAGUGUGGGCAAUAGGUACUGGUAAAACAGCCACCCCGGAACAAGCCCAAGAGGUGCAUGACAAACUUAGAAAAUGGCUGUCAGCUAAUGUAACAGCCGAUGUAGCUAAUAGUGUUAGAAUUAUAUACGGAGGAUCUGUGAGUGCUGGUAAUUGUAAAGACCUUGGAACAAAGCCUGACAUUGAUGGUUUCUUAGUGGGCGGAGCCUCAUUGAAACCAGACUUUAUUACAAUUGUUAAAGCUAGGUCAUGAAUGAACAUUGCAAUGAAAUUGUAGACAUUUUAAAAUUUUAGUUUACACACAUAGUAGAAAAGAAGGCAAUCAACACCUUACACCUAUACAUCAGAUUCUAGGAAGUUUUGUAAACCAGUCUUGACAUGCAUGUAUGCCAUUGGUUUAUUUUAAAUUUGUUAUUCUGACGGCCAAUCAGAUUCUGUUGUUUUAGACUGGUUUACAAUUAACACUUUUGACAGUAGUCAGUGUGAUAUGUAAAAGAUCUUGUUGUAAAAAUUUCACAAAUAUAAAAAAUAAACGCCAACAUGAUAAUAUUUAAGAUAUAACAGUAAGGUGUUUUUGUUUAAUUUUUGGAUUUGUGUUUUAUGCUAGAAGAACAUUUAUCUGGGACUUCUCUAGAAUAGUGUGGUCAUUUAGACAAAAUCAGCAGUGAUAUCAAUAUGCUGAAUCUCAGUCAUCUCCCUGUGCUUCUGUUUUUAUUUCAAUAAAAACAUAUUUAUUCA